GGUUACCUUUAAUUAUAAUUACCUGACAAAUCUCGAUAUUAAAGAUAAUAUAUUAAUUGAUGAUAAUGAUCAAAAAUCAGUUAUAAAACAUACAAUCUCAAGAAUUAAACAAUUACGUCCACCUUGUGAAUUAACAGAUGUAAUGAUUGAAUUAUACUCGUUGGUUCCGCUUUCUCAUCCGGAUGAUAGAAUCGUUUUGUUAGGUGAUUCAGUUCAUGCUAUGAAUCCACGAUUAGGAUUAGGUGUAAAUAAUGCAUUACAGGACGCCGACCUUUUGACCAAGAAAUUACUUAAUUAUGAGAAUGACAAUUUAACCUCGUGCAUUCAACGAUACAACGAACAAAUGCGAACUCAAUCAUCUAAAGAUGUUAUGGCAUCACGUAGCAGAGUACUAAGGCAACGAAAUCCAAAAUUACACUUAUUCAGUGGUGAGUAG